AAUGAAUGCGAACAUCAUUGUGUGAUGGGAAAUACAAGUCGACGGCCAAAAUUAACAGUUCAUACGAGAAGAUACUCGAAAAAAAGAGCAUGCGGCGAAAGAAAGCGGCGAUUAGCCCUUCAGAAUACGGCAAAUUGUAAAGAAAUUAUUGAAGAAACGACGAAUAAAUUGUUUGAAAUUGAAGAAACAAACAAUGUAGAAGAUAGGAUAAAUAUUGAAGGCACAAAUUCAGAAAAUGAGGAAUUGAUGAUACAUAAAGCUGCAACGAACGAGCCUGAAGAACAAUUCUGUAUAACAAAUGGCUUCAGUAUUGUGGACAUGCAGCACAUUUUUGCUGUUGCAGUUAUUCGGCGUAUAUUUGCAGACGCAGAAGGAAAUUCAUUGAACAGGAACCACUACUAUUACUACCAAGUACAAGGACAAUUACAUGUCACAGAUUUUCGAAGAAAGGAUUCCCGAGAGGAGGUUUUUUGGAGCGAAGCGAGCGUAGGACUCUAAAUUUAUUUUUUCAGCUGAAACAAUUUUUUUCUUAUUCCCUUCAUGAAAUUAUUA